CCGUCUCUUCCUGUCUCCUCCUGGCUGACUGUGCGGUAACUUGACGCUCCUCCCUGUUGCUGCUGCUGGCAAUGAGCGCACAGUGAGUCUCUCUGCUGUCCGUGUGGUGUCGGCUCGGUGUGUUGUAGUCCAGUAUGGCUCUGGUCCAGCGGUGUCAGCUGUAAUGAAGCCGUGUGAAACGUGUCGCACCGGACGGACCCCCUGACACUCUUCUCCUCUUCUUCGUCCCUGCAGAAGAUGGUGGCCGGCGGCUAGCUCCAACUUCGGACUCCGUUGGUUUUCUCUCCUCGGUGAAGCGCACUGAGAUCAGCUGAGGGGUCCUGAGAUGACGGAAGUAGAGCCAGUGUUGGACUUUGCCUCUUCGGGGCGCUCGGGGAGGAGAAAUGCCCUGCCUGACAUCCUGGGCUCGCCGGCAGGCGUAAACCCUGGAGACCUGCCUCUUAAGCUGGCUGAGCUGUCCCUCAAAGAUGGUCCGGGAGGGGCCCAGUCACCCACGGCGGAGGGGGCUCCGGCGCCGGCGGAGAGCUCGGAGGGGAAAGAGGGAUCGUAGGGACUCGUUUAUUUACCUCCCCCCCCGGAGACCUGCAAAGAUAACCUGAGCGACGGGACGAGUUAGAGGGCGACCUGUGGGAGUAAAAGAGUGAUUAUCUGUGGAGAGUCAGUCUGUUUGUGAAGCAGCUGAGCCACGGAGAGAGAGAGAGAGAGAGAGAGAGUGACGAACCGACUCCCCAAGGGACUGGAGCCGGGGCACUCAGCGGCACUAUCUGAAAAGAGUGAGACGUCACUUAGUUAUGAACCAGUGAGUGUGUGUGUGUGUGUGUGUGUGUGUGUGUAUAAGUGAGUUAUACACUCACCGCGGACACUGAGAAUCAAAGGAACCAUGACAGAUUGUAUACUGUACACUACUAUUUUUAUAUGACUUAUUUAAAAGUAAAGAAAAACUCAUAAGUCAAACUGGAAUAUGUACCAUUUCCUGCUGAUUUUCUUUUUUGUUUUAUAGUGACGUAUGUUAUUUUGACAACAGUAGGGGGGGGACUUUAAGGGUAUAGUGGCUCGAAGCUUUUUAAUUCAGCUGGAUGCAAAAUGUCACAUGUGUGACAUAAGAAAACAGUAGAUUUAAGAAAACUCUUUGUGUUGUCUUCUGCUUUUACACUAAAUGUGCUGUACGUUUUCAAAUCUGAGGCUGUUGUACAGUGUGUACACAUUGUAAAUGUACAGUUUUUACCCCUCAUCGCAGACUGUUUUGAUCCUAGCGACAACGACCAGGGAUUUGAUCCAUUUUUUUUUGUUUUUAUGGUGAUAACGUGGAAGAAUAUCUUGAGACAUUCCUUUGGAGAAUAGUGUCCCACUGCCAGCAAUGUACACACUGCUUCAUUAUAAUACUGAGAAAAUGUCCUUUUGGUUGCUGCUCAAGGCUGCUUUUGAAAAGUCUCUUCACUUUCCAAACCUCUGAAAAUGUGCCUAGUGGCAGUUCACAACCCAAACCGUGUGUUGUGUUCUUUCUCUGUGAAGUACUGUUAUCGACUAUUCUGGGCUACUGAUAUUUCCUCAGCUUUAACAGGAGGUAUCGUGACACAUCUUUACUGCUUGAACUGAGAAAAAAACAAACACUUUUGUAACAUUCUGCAGACUUGCAGAUCCUAUACAAUUUUUGUCAGGAAAACUUCUGCAGGGCUUCUCGGGGCGCCUCGCUACGUGCUUCUCGCGGGCGGCAUAUGCCCGCCGACUGGGCACGGGAGCGAGCAUCGAGCGACACCACAACCGCCACAAUGUGUUUUUUCGAGUGCCGAUAAUGGCAGCACCCUCGCCUUCUGCCUCUCCGCACGGAGAAAAAGUCUGUUCACACUCAUCAACACAUAAGCAGAGCUGUGAAUAGGAUGCACGACGGAGAAACAGAGUCCACAUUUCUCAGCUAUCCACUCACUUCUACUGUGUAUAUAUAUACUGUAUUGUAGUAUAAUAUCCAUGUGUGUGUGUGUCAUACAUGCAGACUUUAUUCACAUACUGUACCCACAAAGAAAUGAUGUUCUGUAAUUGUCUCUAUUUGAAGAUGUUUUGCCGGUGACUGUGUCUUUAUGUGGAUGUGUUUCACUAAUGCAACAAGGAAAGCCUGGUGUGCUGCUGCCCAGCCUCUGUUUUUGAUGCUGUCCUUCUACUAAUUCUGAUCAGAAAGUGUUCAUGGUCCACACAAGCUGUAUGAUCAACACCUUUUUUUGGGUGGGGGGUGGGGGUGUCGAUGCAUCAGAGGUGUAUUUUGUAGUGUCCUGAUCUCUAAGUGGUGCAUAUAUUUUACUUAGCUGGAUUGAAUCCCAUGUGUUGAUUCUAUCUGGUGGUGAAAAUUGCCAUAUUAAACCCACAAGCUUUACAUAUACAA